CGGUUUCCAGUCAGUCGCGCGCGGAUUGAGUCAAGUGAACCUACCGAGAGGUGGUGUUGACCGACCGCAGCAGGUUUUCACUAAGAAACCUGAACAAUCUUAACUUCCUGAGGCAACUGACAGUAACACUGAUAGCUUGUUUUUUAAACGGAAGGGUCAGCGGUGCCGGAGUCAAGGCGACGCGACAGAGAAGAAAGUAAAUCCCGGAGGGAAGCGAAGUGAAGAUCAAAGCUAAUGCUAACUCAGCUAACUUUAGCUGCUGCUAAGUAAUUACACGGAAACGCGUGUAAUUUUAUUAGUCGCUUGCUUUGACACAACCGCUGUGGUUAUACACUAGAUAGUUAGGGGGAUUUGUUUAGUUACAUUUAAUUAAAAUAGUGAGGUAUUUUGCCUUUACGUUUUAGGCCACAAGUCAGUGGUGUUAGCAAGAUUAGCUCCAGUAGCCGGUCUUAGUGAGGUUACACCGGCUCUGCGCUCCUCGGGAUAGGCGAUAUCGCUAAAGAUAGUUCGCUUCACGUCGACAGGUUUCAGUGUUUCUUAUAAGUUAGCUUACACUUUGUAACAGUUACUGUCUACGCUUCACGAUGAUGAAACAACAGCAGCAACCCGGCUCAGGCGGGAGAAAAGCGUCUAACGGGACCACGGGCCCCGGUGGAAUGUCGUCUCCAGUCAGCGGCAUCAACAGCGGGAACAGGACACCGGCCGGGAGGAAUCGAACUUCUGCAAAGCCGUCAUUCCAGUCAUCUCCUGUGUUCGAGGGUGUGUACAACAAUGCCAGAAUGCUUCAUUUCCUCACAGCUGUUGUGGGUUCCACCUGUGACAUAAGAGUGAAGAAUGGCAGUGUAUUUGAAGGCAUAUUCAAGACUCUCAGUUCUCGGUGUGAGUUGGCUGUGGACGCUGUACACAAACGCAGCAAGGAGGAGGAGGGCCCAACAUCAGCUCCGCCACGGAGGGAGGAAAUCACUGACACCAUGAUCUUCAGCCCCUCGGACCUGGUGACUAUGAUCUGCAGAGAUGUUGACCUCAACUUUGCCACCAGAGACACCUUCACAGACACAGCCAUCAGCUCUAGUCGCAUCAAUGGAGAUCACAAGGAGAAGGUCUUGCAGAGAUGGGAGGGAGGAGACAGCAAUGGAGAGAGUUAUGAUCUGGAAAAUGAUGCUUCCAAUGGUUGGGAUGCCAAUGAGAUGUUCCGUUACAAUGAAGUGAAAUACGGAGUCACGUCAACAUAUGAUUCCAGCCUCUCCAUGUAUACUGUGCCACUGGAGAAGGGCAACUCCGAGGUCUUCCGACAGAGGGAGGCACGCGCUGCUCGCCUGGCCAGUGAGAUUGAGUCUAGCCCCCAGUAUCGCCAUCGAGUCGGCCUGGAAAAUGAUGAGUGCAAAACUGAGGAGGACAAGUACAGCGCUGUGGUGCGGGAUGGCGGCGAUCGCGAGAGGGGCCGUGAGAGCCCCCGUGACAGAGAGCGCGAAAGGGGCCGAGACAGCCCUGGAGCCAGCAACAGGGAAGGCAAGUACAUUCCAUUACCUCAACGCCAGAGAGAGAUGAACCGGGAGCGAGCUGAGAGAGGCCCUGGAGGACCUUCACCCCACAAUCGUCUAAGCACAGGUUAUCGCUCCACCCCUCCAUCCUCCUCUUCCCCAAGACCCCCACUGCCUUCUGCGGCCGGGCCCCAGCCCGGCGCCUCCCCCUCAGAGAGAAGCAGCCCCUUGUCAGGCCGAGGCGGGGCCUAUGCUGCCCACCACCCCCAGGGAAGCCCAAGCCCAGGCCCGGGCUCUCCAGGAGGACCAGCACCCACGCCAACCUCUGCUUCCACUGCCCCAUCACCAGCCAGCUCCCCCGCCUCACACGGACACACAGUUUCUCAUUCCCACUCACUCCCACACUCGCUGUCUGACGCUGGCAGGCCUGUAAAUGGAGUCUCUGCCAGAACAUCGCCUAAAGCCCAAAGACCUCCACAGUCGAGCAGAACAGUCCGCACGUCAAACUCUCACUCUCAGUCCACAGCAACUCGCUCUCCUAAAUCAGGCUCUUGCCAGGACAUGCCUUAUUUGGACACAUCGUCUGUCUCCAUGCCUGCCCAGAAGACGUCUGGCCCCGCCCCACUUUUCCCCGUAGAUGUGAAUGAGAUCCUUGGCGCAGCUGCGAAAGAACGCUCAGCCACCGAGAGCCCCAGCAGCACAGAGGAAAGCAAGAGCACUAAAGCUCCCUCAGGUCAAAGGUCGCAGAUUGAAGAGCUGCGGAAAUUUGGCAAGGAAUUCAGGCUCCAGGCGAGUGGAGGCAGCUCUAGCUCUCCCAGCUCCCCAGCAGCAGCAACCCCUCCUGCCAUCAGCGAUGCUGCCCAACCCAGUGCAGCCAAACCCUUGUUAUCAGACGCUCAUCCUGAAUCAGAGCCCAAAGCUCAGCUUCCAGUUUCUAAUCCUUCCCAACCUCAGCCUUCACCAGCCCCGGAAGACCCCACCAAGGACCCCGCGAUUACACCCGGCGCCACAACAGCUGCCACGACAGCACCCGUUUCAGACAGGCAUUCACCGGCCGUCCCGCAGCCAGCCAGGACCCCAGGUAGUGACGACGCCAGGUCUGAGACAACGGAGCGGCCAGAGGGCAUGCCAGACCAAGUAAAGAAAUCAACCUUAAAUCCCAACGCUAAAGAGUUCAACCCUGUCAAACCUCAAAUGCCUAUGACGAAGCCCAACACUGCGCCCACCCCACCUCGGCCAACUCCUCCAAGCCCAGUGGUCCUUCAGCACCCAGGUGGACAGGGACAACUCUACAACACUCCCUACCUCUCCUAUGUAUCACAGAUCCACUCUGUGCAGCCCCCACAAAUGUUCCAGUACACCAUGUCCACAGUCAGCCAGGGAAAAUACCCCAGGAACAAAGGCUCAGUAGUGGCUCAGCGCUCUGACCAUGGUACUUCAGCAGCCCCCAUGAUGCAAGCUGCAGCGUCAGCAGCUGGGGCCCCACUGGUAGCGUCCCCCUACCCUCAGUCCUACCUUCAGUACAACCCACAGCAGUACAGCCAGCAGCAGGUCAUCCAGGCCAUGACACCCUACCCUGGGCAGCCGAUGUACUCCAUGCUGCAGGGUGGGGCCAGGAUGAUAGGUCAAGGUGGGGGUCCCCAUCCGCAAGCUCUGGGACCCCCAGGAGGCCCCCAGUUCCCUUCACAGGGAGAUGGACCUCAGGGCCCACAGCAGGGAAUCUACGCGCCACAGUCCUUCUCCCACCACACGGGUGCAGUUCAUCAGCCUCAGCCCUCCAGUACCCCAACAGGCAAUCAGCCCCCUCCCCAGCACGCCGCACCUAGCCCUGGACAGAAUGCCCAGUCAGGCCCACAGCCCCAGUCCUUGUACCACUCAGGUCCCCUGUCAGCACCCACCCCACCCAACAUGCAGCCGGGCCACACGUCUCCACAGGGCUCUUACCCCAUUCAAGGCUACAGCAUCCACAGCCACCAGGGCAUCCCACAAACAUAUCCCCUGGGACAGCUAACACCGGCCCACGUACAGGGAGCCAUGUCAGGUCCCCACCAUUCGGGGGGCCAUGGUCAGCCCCAGUUAGUGAUGUUGCAGCCGCCCCCUCAGCAGGGCCCUGGGUCAGUGCCCCAGCACCCCCAGCACGGACCUCAGCAAGGAGCACACCAACACUUUUACAUAGGACAUCCACAAGCAAUGCAGGUACAAACACACCCUGCUUCCUUCCAUCCGCCUGGAAACUAAACCCCAUCUGCCCCUCCCCUCCCCUCCCCCCUCCCCUCCUCCUCCUCCCAAACUGUUCCCAGGAAUGAGCCCCAACAUCCCCACUGCCUGCUGGAUGUGAGGCCCAGACUGAACGCGACCCAUAAAAAAACUGACAGGAUCGUACAGAGGAGAGAAGAAGUCUCACAGCACCUUAUUCUUCUGCUGUAAUGUUCGUCAUGGGUACAAACCUCGGUGUCAGCCCCAGGCAAGGAGGACCUUCUUAAUGCUAAUGAUGAAAGUGGCAGACGACUACAGCAGUGUCCGACCCCUGCUGCUGCCGCCAUCCUGCUAUCCUCUCCAACUUCAAGUUUUUGGAGACAUGAGGCACCUUGCUGGGUGGACCAGUCGGAGUGGGUCGGGGGGGGGAUGAAAAACGUCAGUAGGCAAUAUGUUUUAAGCCUUGUGGGGUUUUGUAAGUACUGUGACACACAUGUGAAACAGACUGUUGCGGGAUGAAUACAGCAUAAAAGGAGGGAUUUGAAGAGGGUUUUUUUAGCAAAUCAUUUUUCUUUAACUCGAUCCAGUAGUUAAAACUACCCCUUUGUCCUUCUUCUCUCCUGUAGGAAAUACAAUUAAUAAAAAAAAUGGACAAGACAAAAAAAAUAUUAAAACAACAAUGACCAAAAAAAUAAAGUUUUCAACUCAACUACAAA